AUGUCGAGAGAUACACUCAGCAAAGUGGUAUGCGCACGAGUAUGCCGGAGUCGGAGCAAGAAGAGGGCUGCCACUAGCGUGAGGAGACGCGGAGACGAGGAGCGAGGAGCGAGGAACGAGGAGAGGUCGGUCGGUCGGUCGGUCGGUCGGUCGGUCGGUCGGUCGGUAGGUCGGUCUAGAAGUCAUCGGCCGAUUGCACGGCAUCCGGUUCCGGUGGCGGACGGCGGCGUCGUCUCAGCCUCGGCUGAGAUAACGCAACAAGAAGCGCUGACCGUCGCCCGCGGAUUCGCCGCCAGGGACAGUGUUCUGGCCAGUGGAGUGCGCCUCGAAGGGGAGAAGUACUUCGUGCUGCAGUGCGACGAGGAGCGGAUGAUAGGCAAGAAAGAAUCGAGCGGAUUUUUCGUAUACAAAACGGCGCAGUGUAAGUGA